AAAAUAAAUAUAAAUAAAUAUAUAUAAAACAAAGAUAGGUCUCUUUAAACAACACCAAAAAGAAUAGCAACCAACAAACGAAUAAAUAAUGACCGGCCAUAACCCUUUUACUGACAACCCCUGGGAAGGAAACACCACAACCACAACCACCACAACCACUCGUCAAGUGAAUGCAUACGAAGACCAGCCUCAGACCACUAAUAACGCCUGGGCCCCUCCUUUACCCACCUCUCCCCGUCCUCCUCCUCCGAUUCCUGCACGUAUGCCUUCUCCUUCUGCCUAUCAUACAACUACAACAACCACAGAAGUCGUUGGUCAGCCAACUAAUGCCUAUACUUCUACUGGCUGGCAAGAGUCCAACAAGACAGAGUCUGCCUAUGAUUCUUCAUGGGACGGUGCCGUAACCAGCAGCAAUAAGUCUGCUGCUCAUACACCUGCACCUGCACCUGCCGUUGUACACGAUGCCUAUCAAUAUUCGGGAACGCCAUAUGGAAACCAGGACUUUUCUACUACAUCAAACGCCUAUGGCAACACUGACCAAGCCCCUUCGCCUCAACUUACCUCUACAACACCAGUUCCAGCAAAAGCCGAAUCCAAGGCUGGUGUUCUUCCACCAAAAUUCGGUACCGACCGUAACCCUUCUAAGCGCAGAGUACUCUUGCGUUUCCUACAGUUCAUCUCUGCUAUUGGCUCGGUUGGUUUUGCCGCCGGUGCCUCUCCCUUUGCUGGUGUAGAUGUACCUCUGUCAAGUGCUGCUUGCUUGUAUUUCCUAUAUGCUGUCGCCAUUGUUUCAAUCAUCUGGUCAGGGUUCCAUUUGAUCUACUUCUUGUUGCGUCGCGUGUCUAGUCGUCAAAAGAUGAAUCGGCCAUUGAUGACCGGGCUUGAUCUUCUGCUGGCUAUCAUGUGGGGUAUUGGAGUGAUAGUGGAGGUUGUCAAGUACAGAUGUUCUCCGGGCGGAUAUAACCAUUGGUGUGACUUUUACAAUGUCAGCAUCUUCUGGGGCUUCUUUUCACUUGCUUUAUUCAUUGUCGCCACAGGAUGGGACUUUGUGGGUGCGUGCGUAAUGCGAAAGAGACACUAAGGCUUAUAAUUUUCUUUUUUUUUCUUUUCUUUUUUGAAUGAGAAAAGAAGUAAAAGAAGUAAAAGAAAGAAAGAGAGGGAUUUGGGGCUAAAGAUGGCCUAAUAAGAAGAGUCUUUUAAUUUUUUUUCCCUAUUUUAUUUCUACCACACCUUUCUUAUCCUUCUUCUUUAUUCCCUUUAAUAUAAUCAUAUACUUCUUCCAUACACCACACCUCAACCCUUCCAAUAUCAAUGAACCCAAAAAUCUUAUUACCACUCUUAAUAAAUAUAUAAUAUACACAUGUGUAACUCGGCUUACUAUACAUUU